AUUGUUGAUGUGGCGGAAUCAAUUGAAAGCCAAACCGACGUUGCUCUUAGCAUCGCAAAACGUUUGUUCUUGAAAAAUUCAAACAACGACAAAAAUAUUGUGUUUUCGCCAUUAUCGCUUCACGUUCUGCUCAGCAUAAUCGCCGCCGGUUCUGAUGGCGCCACACUCGAUGAGCUUCUCUCCUUCCUCGGAUCGGAUUCCACCGACCAUCUCAACUCCUCCGCCUCUAAGCUCAUCUCUGUCGCGGGCUCUGAUGCUUCCUCCGUCGGCGGCGGCCCUCAACUCUGUUUUGCCAGCGGCGUGUGGGUUGAACAAUCUCUUGCUCUUCACCAUUCCUUCAAACAACUUGUGGCUACUGAUUAUAAGGCCUCUUUGACCUCUGUUGAUUUCCGCAAUAAGGCACGUGAAGUGGCGGAUGAAGUUAAUUUAUGGGUUCAGAAAGAGACACAUGGCCUUAUCAAAGACCUUGUUAAUCCUAGGUCAGUUAGCAACUCAACCAGACUCAUUUUUGCAAAUGCAUUGUACUUCAAGGGUAAAUGGUUUGAGAGGUUUGAUGCUUCAAUGACAAGAAACUAUGAUUUUCACCUUCUUAAUGGCACCUCAGUUGAGGUUCCCUUCAUGGUCAACAAGAAGAACCAGUUCAUUAGUGCUUUUAAGGGUUUCAAAGUCCUUGGUUUGCCUUAUAAACAUGGUCUUCAUAAGCAGGGUGAAGAUAUGCGUCGGUUUUCCAUGUACAUUUUUCUUCCAGACGCAAAAGAUGGACUGUCUGCUUUGGUUGAGCAGUUGUCUUCAAAUGUUGAGUUCCUCGAAUCCAGGCUUCCUCGUGAAAAAGGGAAAGUAGGUGACUUCAGGAUUCCCAAAUUCAAAAUUUCUUUAGGGUUUGAAGCCUCUGAUGUUCUUAAGAAGCUAGAAGUGGUUUUACCUUUCUCAACGGAUGCAAAUUUAACAAAAAUGGUGGAUUCUAACCUAUAUGUUUCCAAGAUAUGUCACAAGUCUUUCAUUGAAGUAAAUGAAGAAGGCACCAGAGCUGCAGCAGCGAGCGCAGGAAGAGCAAUGCUUUGUGCGUCGCCAAGGCCGAAGACUCAGAUAGACUUCGUAGCUGACCACCCUUUCUUGUUCGUGAUUAGAGAAGAGAUGACUAGAACAACACUAUUUGUAGGGCAGGUGCUCAAUCCACUUACUGGAUGA